AGCUGCUCGUGGAGACAUCGAUGACGUCGAGCACUCCAGCGGUUGACACGUCAUGGCUCUCUUGGAUGGCACACUGUGGCGACGGGUGCUGGACCGAUACUUUGACUGCGUUGGCCGCCAGUGUGACGCUCUUUCGCGCAGUGACGCGCCGUAUCUCGCCAUCACCGCGCAGUACACGUCGUGCAUCACCUCGUGCGCGGCCGCCGAGACGAUCGCCACCACCAACGACAUCCGCGACGAGCUCACUGCCAUCGCUGCUCUCGGGUACGACGAGCUCGCUAGCGUCCGACGGUAUCUUGCCGGUGACGACGACGCGUGGCCAGCGUCGCACCCUGCCGUCUACGCCGAGAACGCCAGGGUCCUCCCCACCGACUAUUUUGUGCCAUGGGAAUCUCUCCUCGUACCAAUUCCAGUCGGCAGCCUCCAGCUCUGGACAACAGCGACAGCGUAUCUUGAAGCUUGUGUCGGCCACCGCAAGGACCAAGAGAUCUGCGACGCACCGACCGUGCAGACCGUACUGCGGGCGUCGCGCAGAGUGUCGAUCGUCGCCCCCCACAUGGCGCCCUUCGCACCCCCCGGACACCCCAACACGGUCCUCAACCCUCUCGCCCAUGUCGGUCCGCGCCAUGUCUGCGUCGCCUCUCACGGGUCUCUUCAACUCUACAAACUAUGGGGCGCCGACAACGACUGCGCGCCCGACGUCGUCGACGGCGGCCUUCCAGUCGAGUACCGUCGUCAUCAACUCCCGCCCAAUGUCUGGACCCUCGGGCCCAUGGAGGCCAACGGGACCGAAUGGCCCGCGCCGGCCGCCUACACGUACUGCGGCACCGAGCAGUACGCAGCGUAUCUCGAGCGCGAGCUCUUUGGCGAUUGCGCCAUGGCGCCGGCGUCACUCCAGUGUUUUGUGUCGCUGUGGAGCCGGCGCGCCGACUGCAUGGCAUCGGUGCUGAACGUCCAUCUACUGCUGUCGCACCGCCCCAACGCCUUUGUGGCGACGAUCGGGCAGUCGGCCGGCGUCCUCACGGGUUUCUAUCGCUGCGAACACGACAUCUCGCGCGCAUCGAUCGCCCGAGGCGCUCCCAACGCGCUCACGACGUCGUCGCUGCUGCUGCAACGCCAUGUCAGUGGCCUCUCCUUCACCGUCUGCAUGGGCGGUAGUCUGCUCCUUCUGGCACUGCUCUUCGCGGUGCAGCGGUCUCGUCGUCGCCCCGUCGACGAGAAUGACGUUUACCUUGCGCUGCUCUAACACUAGGUUUUAUCUCUUACACGAAUGAAGAUUAUGAAUAAGGCUGCG